CCCACACCUUCCCAUACAAUCCCGGUUUCGAUAAGUGAAUAAGAUCGCGGGCGUAGAUCAGAUCUCCGCGACCGUUGGAAGUCACAGUAUUCCCCAGUAUCCAGACCCCGAUUCCCCGCCUUACAGAGUGUGAAUCGUCGGUGUCUUCGGCGCAGGUUCCCGCGGUCAAAUCGUGAAGUACACAGUACCUAAGUAUAUUGAUUAUCUGUUACGAGUAACUUCAAGAUAUUUUUCAGCUUUUUAUCCAAUAUUUUCAUUUAAUCACAAUCAUUUCAAUUCUGGAAGUCUCGAGAUAGUGGGCGUCAUAGUGAUCAAGUCAGCAGGGUCGGUGAUGUAAUGAUGACCUCUACCCCUUUUCGGCUUGCACCAAAAAGGUCAUUUUCGAUGUUAUCAUGUUUAUCGAAUGACGUGAAGAAUAGCAUCGCCCUGUUAUUUUCCUAUUUUCCUAAUUUCUUGCUAUGUAUACCACCUACUCACAAAUUAUUCCUAACUAAAACGAUAAUCAAUUUCAAAUGACCUCUACAAAUUUCGCCCACUUUUUCCACCCAUUCGCAUUUGGAUGGAUUCUUCCAGAGAGGCUCAGCAACAGCCUGAUGAUUUGGGCCCUUUAGCACAGCAGUCAUGGAGACCGCAUCUUCCUCACCAUUUCCUCCAGCCCGGCUCCGUAGCUAACACUAGCCCCACCGAAUUCGCUCACACGAUACCACUUCAGGGUCCGCAUACUGGCCUGAAUAAUCUCGCUUCCGCCGCAGCUAUCUCCGAUUCCUACAAUGUGCUGCCGUCUCAGACAUCGCCACCGAGUCAAGGUGGUCCGUCUGCCUUCAUAACUAACGAAAGCCUCGCAGCCGGGACCUCGGCCGCGUCUGCGCAACAAAGAGAGCAACUCAAAGCCAGGCGUCGCGUUCCGACCUCUCAGCGGAAGAGAACCCAGGUUAGCUGUGAUGCCUGUAAAACUCGAAGGUGCAAAUGCGUACGUCUACAACCUGUCCCAAGAGCUGGUGGCGAUGCGGCGCAACAGGAUUAUCAGCCUGCUUGUAAGUUAUGUGUCGAGACCGGGAUUCCGUGCGUGACAACGAUGCCGCGGAAACAGCGGGUCUACGGCAGCGUCGAAAACUUGGAUAAACGAUACCGAGCCCUCGAGGCCUUGGUCUCUGGCCUGUUUCCGGAUUUGAAUCCUAGAGCCUCCGCAGACGAGUUGGUCGCUUUUGGGCGAGAUAGGGCUAUAGCCAUGCCCGACUUUAGUGAAUCAUUCGACCGGCACCGAACUUCUUCGGUCGAGCCUUUUGUAAAGCCAGAUACUACCAAUCCCUCUCACCAAGUUGCAGAUCAGCAGUGGAAGAAACCAGGGUCGGAUUUGAUCGUAGCAGGGACGGAUGGCUAUAAGACGAUUUUACCUCCGUCCUAUCUCAUGAGACCCGCUCCCACAGCUCCGAGUACGCAAACCUCACCUGAGUCAGUUGCCGAAAGUGUGGGGGAACAUAACGCUGAAAAUACCGAGUUGAUACUGGAUGCAACUGGCCGGCCGCACUAUAUAGGACCAUGUGGAAGCCUCGCCUAUUUUGCGGAAAUGCGCGAGAUAUUUGCACGCCAGAUCAACAGGGUAAAGGGUCGUAAUUUCUCGAUGAGGGAAACAGGAACCCUUUUCAAUAAUAACCCAUUAGCUGCCUCGCUGGGAGGGACUGGAGACCGUGGCCGAGCCAGCGGCUCGCCUUCUGGGCGACGUAGCUCUGGUUCGCCACAUCAUCGCAUCCUAGACCAUCUCGAUGGAGAUUCUCCCCCACGAAUAUGCGAAGAUAUGUUAAGAGAUCAUUUUGAUGACCCCGAAUUCUGGAGGUAUCGCAAACGUGUAUCUAUGAUACAACUGCCAUCCAGAGAACGUACGGAUACGUGUGUUAGGGCUUUCUUUCAACACGUCCACCCAAACUUCAUCUUAUUCCAUCGGCUUACCUUUCAGCGAGCGUACGAGAAGAUGUGGCGCUGCUGGGAUGCGCAUAGAAAUUCGACACGGACCGAUAGGGUCAAAGAAUUCUCCGUCUCGGUAGGAUGGCUCUGCUGUUUGUACAUGAUAAUCAUCCUAGGUUCCCGAGCAUUACCGCAGAACGGCGAUUCGCUUGAAUUCCAAAGGAAAUGGUUCGCGCAAGUCGACAGACUCCCGCCGCUCCUUGGCACCUCUAGCUUGCCGAAUGUAUGCGCAUACAUGCUCCUUUCGUUAUAUUUCCAUAACACCAACGAUCGAACUAGCGCGUGGACAUUUCAAGGUGCGGCUUGCCGACUGGCAAUAGCGCUCGGUAUGCACCGCGAGAGUUCAUCGGACCUCUUCGAGCCGGUCGAAAGGCAGCUUCGAAAGCGUGUAUGGUGGACUCUGUACGGGUAUGAGCAAUUUCUGUGCUGCUCGUUAGGACGGCCUAGUGCGAUCGACGAUAGGGAGAUGGAUGUCGGAAUUCCGGACGAAGAGUACUUGGACACCAAUCUCUUACCCUCCCAUUACGUGGAGCACGAGGCCCAGUUAAACAUGCUCCUCGCAGCAGUGAGGCGCGGAAUCUUUGACCCCAGCUACACCCCGGGGAAAAUGUACGUGCGAGCCUUGGACUUUUUAGAUGCCCUCUCGGGCUGGGAAGACACCCUCCCCAAAGGAUUAACCCAUCCAGCAUUUACGGCAUGCUUGGAUGGCAAUACCAACCAGCGACGAAGUUCCAUGCUACUUCAUGUCCAAUAUCACCACGCCCUGGCUUUCCUGACACGACCAUUCCUCCUCGCCUUCAUCAAAUCUGCUUGUGGCGGAGAGCCCCUCGGACCGGAUGCAUCCAGGAUAAGGGGUCUGAGCAAGGUCUGUCUAACUGCCGCCAUGAGGUGCGGCGAUCUCAUCAUCGAAUUAUGGCGUGCUGGCCAAAUCAACGGAGUUACAUGGAUAGAUAUCUUCUUUGCGUAUAUGGCUAGUUUAGACAUUACGCUCGCCUUACUUUCUCCCGAGUCAUUAUAUCAGGACGAAGAGCACCCAGAGAUCAGCAAGCCAGGGCUUAUACAGCGUUACACCGCUGAAGAGAUGAGGAACGAAGUCGCGCAGCUGUGCGAGGUGAUGACGACGAUCGAAGUCUGCGGGACGAAUGCUCGGUUCGCCAAAGCAGCGUUCGAGUUUGCGAGCGCCCUCGGAAUCAUUCCCGUCGAGAAAACCCUCUCUUUGAAUCUGCAGGUGUCCGACCCAAACCCAAAGGCGAUCAUUAUGGCUCAGGAUCCGAGCGAGAGAGAUCGCACCGGUAUGACCAGAGGCGACCAACCAUUUACCCAGGGUCCUCAGCAAGCAACGGCGAAUGUCGGACUGGACCAACACAUGACUGGACUAUCUAACUACCCUUACAUGCUACCCGAGGUGAACCUUAACUUUCCAGCAGAGGGUUUUCACGAUACUGCGACCGACGCGAUGGGGAAUGAUUUGCAGUGGGAUAUGUAAGUCCACCAACGCGCUCCCGUGAUAUUAUGACA